AUGAUUGUGGCUUCAAAAGCUGGUCUACCGGUCAAUAUCGAAAAAACUCCUAUCCCACCUCAAACGCAAACAUCAUUGAAGACAAUGAAACCAUCAUUAUCACAGCAUACGAGCUUCGAUGCUGCUAUUGAAGGUUCUCCAGCUGAAGUGUAUGCAACAAUGGAGAAAGAUCUGAUUCAUCAAGUGAAACUUUGUGAAGAAAAUAGACUCGCAUUCACCAGGUUAGGCGAUGUGACACGAGUGAAACUUUUUGAGACGUGGUCAUCUGUUUCCAAACGAGAUUUGAUACUCCUUCGGGAAUUGGCAAAAAGAGGUUGGAAGCCAUCACAUGGUUAUUUAUAUGUUAAAUAUAAUUUUUCGUUCCCUCACGACGCUCAUCAAAUUGGCAAAACUAAAGUUAUUGAUGCUACGAAUUCCCCAGUGUACAAUGAGAAAUUUUUAUUAACAAUAAAUCGAAAAAUGCGGCAGCUACAGCGAGUUAUCAAGAGGAAUUGCCUCAAAUUUGAGGUCCGAAUUCGUGAGCCUUUGGGUGAAAAGAAGCUGAAUCUAAAGCAAGAGAAAUGGUUGCUGUUGGAGACAUAA